AUGGCGUUUCGCCAAGAAGAAGAUGAAGCGGUAUCGGAUGCAUGGGARAGAUUCAAGGACCUUCUUAGGAAGUGUCCUCACCAUGAAAUCCCUCAUUGUAUUCAAUUGGAAACAUUUUAUAAUGGACUUUCUAGUGCCGCUAAGAUUAUUCUUGGCGCAACGGCCGGUGGUGCUUUUACAGCUAAAACCUACAACGAGGGGUAUGACAUUUUGGAACGAAUUUCUAAUAAUAAUACUGAAUGGUCUAACCCUCGUGCUGUCAUUUUUAAAUCUGCCUCGGGCAUUCAUGAGCUUGAUGCCAUUUCUUCUUUGAAUGCCCAAAUUGUUGCUCUAACUAAUUUGGUUAAAAAUAAUUUAAACUUGAAUGGGGAAAAGAAUCAAGUCCAAUCCAUAAUGUCUAAUUCUUCCAUGACUGAGUCUUGUGUUUUCUGUGGCGAAAGUCAUUCUUAUGAGUUUUGCCCCGGAAACCCCGUUUCGGUAAAUUAUGUUGGAAACCAUACAAGAAAUAGCCCAUUUUCUCCAACAUACAAUUCAAAUUGGAGAAACAAUCCGAAUUUGUCGUGGGCCGGAAAUCAAGGACUUCAACCCCCCGGGGCAACUCAAGUCCAAAACCGACCUUCAAAUCCCCUGGGAUUUAAUCAAGGCGGUCAUUACAUGCAAGGUAAUAAUCACUUGCAAGGUAAUCAUCACAUGUACCAAAGUGGACAAUCUUCACAACCACAUGCACCUAGGCAACAAAAUGCAUCGGAGGGUAAUGGUUCACUCGAAUAUUUACUUAAAGGUUUUAUAAACAAAACCAAUGCCACCUUGAGGAGUUUUGAGACCCAACUUGGCCAAUUUUCCACGGAUCUCAAGAAUAGACCUCAAGGAACUUUGCCUAGUGACACGGAAACACCUAAGGAACAUGUUAAGGCCGUGACUUUAAGAAGUGAUAAGGACUUGGGAGACUCUAAUGCCGAAAGGGAAACACCUAGUGAGCCGACUUGUCAAGAAAAUAUUUCACAUUCUUUUGACACAUCGAAAUUUCCAAUUUUGUUUCCUACAGCUGAAGAAACUCAAAUUCCAGUUUAUGUUCCAGAAACAGUAGCUUUACCCAGUUCCAGCACCACCCAGUCUCCAACUGACACUGCUUACAGUGGGCAGAAACUGCCCACACCCGAGCAGAUUAAGACCGGUCCAAUAGAUUUAGAUCUAAGAGAUUUACCUUUUCCAGGUAGGAUGAAAGCCAAAAAUGUGAAUGUUCAGUUUAAGAAGUUCUUGGACAUCUUUAAGCAACUCCACAUUAACAUACCUUUGGUAGAAGCUCUCGAGCAAAUGCCUAGCUAUGGAAAAAUUUUAAAAGACAUCCUCAAUAAAAAGAGAAGACUUAGUAAAUUUGAGACCGUGUCUUUGACAAAGGAAUGUAGUGCCCUUCUUACUUGCAAAAUUCCCCCAAAAUUAAAAGACCCGGGAAGUUUCACCAUCCGUGCUCUACUGGAAGGAAAGAAGUAG